GUCACGGCCAUGGAGUACCUGAUCGGCAUCCAGGGCCCCGACUAUGUCCUGGUGGCCGCGGACACCGUGGCGGCCGCGGACACCGUGGCGGCCUCGAGCAUCGUCCAGAUGAAGCACGACCAUGACAAGAUGUUUAAGAUGAGUGAAAAAAUCUUACUGCUAUGUGUGGGGGAGGCUGGAGACACAGUGCAGUUUGCAGAAUACAUCCAGAAAAAUGUUCAGCUCUACAAAAUGAGAAAUGGUUAUGAGUUAUCUCCCACGGCAGCUGCGAACUUCACCCGGAAAAACCUCGCGGACUAUCUGCGGAGUCGAACCCCUUACCACGUGAACCUGCUCCUGGCUGGCUACGACGACCACGAGGGUCCUGCCCUCUACUACAUGGAUUACCUGGCAGCUCUGGCUAAGGCUCCUUUUGCAGCACAUGGAUAUGGAGCAUUCCUCACCCUCAGCAUCCUCGACCGCUAUUACAAGCCAGGUAUCACACGUGAGGAAGCUGUGGAGCUCCUAAAAAAAUGCCUCGAGGAGCUCCAGAAACGUUUCAUCCUGAACCUGACCUCGUUCAACGCGCGAUUCAUCGACAAGGAGGGGAUCCACGACAUGCCCAACAUCCCUCUCACAAAAGUGGUGUCCUAGCCCCCUACGCCUUUCUUCAGCUGUCUCCUCUUUUCACCUUUGGGGUUGUUUUGUAUCCAUGUGAAGCACACGAGUCAUGGACUCAGUGGGAGCUCCAAUAAAGUCUGACAUUUAUUUAACC